CAGCCAAACCCCACCGCUGGAUGACGAUGGGAAGGAGGAUCUGAUCCAGCUAGUUAGUGACAAAGAUGCUGCAAAGUUUCUCCCGUUUCUCCGGACAGAAUUCUUGAAAAGCUGCGAGCCUUUGCUAUGACACCCGAAGCAGAACUUAGUUGGAUCCACUAGAAGCCUGAGCCAUGUACUCUGAGUGGAGGUCUUUGCACCUGGUGGUCCAGAGUGAUCCGGGCCACCUGAGCGUGCUGCACUCCUACCCACCUACAGUUGGCCGUGAAGUGGCUAAUGCAGUGGUACGCCCCUUAGGGGGCAGCCCUGGAGCUCCUUCCCCUGAGUGCCUCCUCAAGACUGAUAAAGAGGUGAAAUGGACUAUGGAAGUACUGUGUUAUGGACUGACUCUUCCUCUGGAUGGAGAUACAGUUAAGUUGUGUGUGGAUGUCUAUACUGACUGGAUUAUGGCACUGGUGUCACCACGAGACUCCAUACCCCAACCCAUCAUCAAAGAGCCCAACCUUUAUGUGCAGACUAUCCUCAAACAUCUUCACAACCUCUUCCUACCAAGGCCUGAACACUUCAGCCCCAUGCACUUCAGGUUGUGUCAGCAGGUGUUGUCCGCAGUGCAGAAGCUGGCCCGAGAUUCUUCCAGCAUGGCUAGAGAAACCUGGGAGGUGCUGCUUCUUUUCCUGCUCCGCAUCAAUGACACCUUACUUGCCCCACCUACUGUAGGAGGUGGGAUAGCUGAGAAGCUAGCGGAGAAGCUUAUCAGUGUACUGUUUGAGGUCUGGUUUCUGGCCUGCACACGUUGUUUCCCCACCCCACCAUACUGGAAGACUGCCAGGGAGAUGCUGGCUAACUGGAGACACCACCCGCCAGUAGUGGAGCAGUGGAGCAAAGUUAUCGCCGCUCUCACCUCCAGGCUACUGAGGUUCACAUAUGGACCAUCCUUCCCUCCUUUCAAAGUGCCAGAUGAGGAUGCUUGUCUCAUUCCUACGGAGAUGGACAGUGACUGUGUGGCGCAGACUUGGUACCGUUUCUUACACAUGCUCAGUAACCCAGUGGAUCUGAGUAACCCUAUCAUCGUAAGCUCAACUCCCAAGUUUCAAGAGCAAUUGCUGGGGGUGAGCAGUGUGCCUCAGGAGGUGAUCCAGCACCCCUGCCUCAAACAGCUGCCUCAGAUCUUCUUCAGGGCCAUGAGAGGCAUCAGCUGUUUGGUGGAUGCUUUCCUAGGUGUGGCAGUGUUUAAGAAAAACAAGAGUCAUGAAACUCUGCCCUCUCAUGGAGCAACAGUGUCUAGGAGCUAUAUUCGAGAGAGACUUCCCUCUUUAGGUGUUGCUGUAUCUAGGAACAAUUUUCGUGACAGGCUACCAGCCUAUGGUAUAUCCAGACCUCGGUCAGACAGUGCCCCGCCUACUCCUGUUAAUAGACUUAGCAUGCCACCGCCCCCGACGACAACCAACACCACACCCCCUCAUAGCCGCAGACACAGACCCACAGCAGUAACCAAGACUACCAGCAAAACCACAACGACUGGUCAGUCCAAAGUGUCGCAUCAGCCUUCCUCCACCUCUCCCCUUUCCAGUCCAAACCAGACGAGCUCAGAGCCUCGACCUCUGCCUGCUCCUACCAGGCCAAAAGUCAACAGUGUGUUGAACCUGUUUGGUCAGUGGCUGUUUGAUGCUGCACUUGUCUACUGCAAACUUCAUUCUGGCCUCAGCAGAGAAAGUAGUAUGACUGCCCUUGCAACUCAGGCUGGAGUUGAAUUGAGGAGAAAAGGCUCUCAGCUGUCUACUGACACCAUGGUUUCAAACCCCAUGUUUGAUGCCAAUGAGUUUCCAGACAAUUAUGAGUCUGGUCGAGCGGAGGCCUGUGGAACACUAUGCAGAAUCUUCUGCAGCAAAAAAACAGGAGAGGAAAUUCUACCUGUUUACCUGUCCAGGUUCUACAUGGUCCUCAUCCAAGGCCUUCAGAUUUCUGACUUCAUCUGCAGGCCAGUUCUGGCCAGUAUUAUCUUGAACUCCUCAGCUCUGUUUUGCUCUGAUCUGAAAGGGAUCAAUGUAGUGGUUCCGUACUUUAUAUCUGCACUGGAAAUUAUUCUACCUGAUCGUGAAUUGACCAAAUUUAAGUCAUAUGUAAAUCCCACUGAACUGAGAAGAGCUUCCAUCAACAUUCUGCUGUCCAUGCUGCCUCUACCACACCAUUUUGGCAACGUCAAAUCGGAGGUUCUUUUGGAGGGUAAAUUCAGCAAUGAUGACAACUCACUUCAUGACAAAGCGGUAACUUUCCUCUCGCUGAAGCUGCGAUUGGUGAAUAUCUUGAUUGGUGCCCUGCAAACAGAGACAGACCCCAUCAAUACACAGAUGAUUUUAGCUGCAAUGCUGAAUAUUGUUCAGGAUUCAGCACUGUUGGAAUCUAUAGGUGCCCAAGCUGAAGUAGGAAGCGUGGAUGGAAGUCAUUCCUUGGCUAAGAGCCAUAGUCGCAAUAACAGUGGAAUCAGCAAUGCCAGUGCAGGCAGCUCAGAGGCUACCACUCCCGACAGCGAGAGACCCGCCCAGGCAUUGCUGCGAGACUACGCUCUCCACACAGACACGGCGGCUGGCCUGCUGAUCCGUAGCAUACAUCUGGUCACCCAAAGACUAAACUCACAGUGGAGACCUGACAUGAGCAUCUCGCUCGCCGCUCUCGAGCUUCUCGCCGGCCUCGCCAAGGUGAAGGCGAGUGUGGAGUCAUCAGAUCGUAAGCGGGCUGUCAGUUCAGUUUGUGGCUAUAUUGUGUACCAGUGCAGUAGACCUGCUCCCCUCCACUCCAGAGACCUGCACUCUAUGAUCGUAGCUGCUUUCCAGUGCCUCUGUGUGUGGCUUACAGAACAUCCUGACAUGCUCAAUGAGAAGGAUUGCCUGAUAGAGGUGUUAGAGAUUGUGGAACUGGGCAUCUCGGGCAGCAAGUCGAAGACAGGUGAGCAGGAAGUGAGGUAUAAAGGUGACAAAGAGCAUAACCCCGCCUCCAUGAGGGUCAAAGAUGCGGCUGAAGCCACUUUGUCAUGUAUAAUGCAAGUGGUGGGGGCUUUCCCAUCCCCAAGUGGCCCUGCCUCCCCCUGCAGCCUGCUAAAUGAGGACACGCUAAUUAAAUACUCUAGGCUGACGUCCACCUCUCACAGUAACUUUAGAUACUAUGUCCUCGACAAUUCGGUCAUUCUGGCCAUGCUGGAGCAGCCGCUUGGCAAUGAGCAGAACCCCUGUCCAUCUGUCACAAUGCUGAUCCGAGGCAUGUGUGGUCGUCACGCCUGGACCAUGCAACUCUUCCAUCAGCCUCGAGGAGCCAGGGCCAAUCAGAAGCAGGUGUUUGUUCCAGAGGGUCGGCCAACUCCCAAAAACGACGUGGGGAUUCGGUUUAAUGUUAAGCACAGACCGUUCCCAGAAGAGGUGGACAAGAUUCCGUUUGUGAAAGCUGACCUAAGCAUUCCAGACCUGCAUGAUAUAGUAGAUAAGGAGCUGGAGCUGCAGCAUGAUAAGCUGCGUGGUGUGAUGGUGAAGCAGAUAGAGUAUGAGACCGCUUUAGAGCACUACACUGAGGAGCUGUGGAGGAAUAAACCCUUCCCUGAUCCACUGACCGACUGUAAACCUCCUCCUCCAGCACAGGAGUUCCAAACUGCUCGCCUCUUUCUUUCACACUUUGGCUUCCUGUCGCUAGAGGCCCUCAAGGAGCCAGGUAAUAGCCGUUUGCCUCCUCACCUCAUUGCUCUAGACUCGACUAUGUCAGGCUUCUUUGAUGACAUCGGCUACCUAGACUUGUUGCCAUGCCGACCCUGUGACACAGUUUUUAUCUUCUACAUGAAGGCGGGACAGAAGAGCAGCCAAGAGAUCUUGAGAAACGUAGAAUCCUCUGCGAAUGUGCAGCCACAUUUUGUGGAGCUUCUCUUAUCUCUGGGCUGGCCGGUUGAAGUAGGACAACACCCAGGCUGGACUGGGAGUGUGUAUACCAGCUGGACCAUCAACACAUCCAAUGGCACUGAUACACCAGAUGAGUGUGUGGCUGUGGGUGACACUGGAGUUGGGAUUUUUAAUGGAGAGAAGAGGGUUCUCUACUACGCUGAUGCCCUCACUGAAAUUGCUUUCGUGGUGCCCUCACUCAGUGACUCCUCUGCGGAGUCAUCAGAGAACAGUUUCCCCACAGCAGACUCUGAUUCUCAGAUGGAGCUGCUGCCGAGCCUGCUGAAACAACCCAACCUCACACUGGAGCUCUUCCCCAACCACUCAGACAACAUGGGCCCUACACAACGGUCUCCCACAGUGAAGAGUAAGAGGCUGCCAUCAGGCAGGAGUAUACCUCCUCUGGGUCCUGAGACUAAAGUACUGGUAGUCUGGGUGGAGCGAUAUGAUGACAUUGAAAACUUCCCUGUGUCCGAGUUGUUGGCAGAGACCAGCACAGGAGUGGAGAGUGCGGUCAACAGUAGUGCUUCCAGACCCAGCUCCUCGGAGAAGGAUGUCCCAGUCAUUUUCAUUCACCCACUGAAGACGGGUCUAUUCCGCAUCAAACUGCAUGGAGCCAUGGGGAAGUUCAGCAUGGUCAUCCCACUAGUGGAUAAUAUGGUGGUCAGCAGGCGAUCACUGGGCUUCCUAGUAAGACAGACGGUGAUAAAUGCAUGUCGGAGGAAGCGCCUGGAGAGCGAUUCGUACAGUCCACCUCAUGUACGACGGAAACAGAAAAUAGCUGAAAUUGUUAACCGUUACCGGAACAAGCAGCUGGAGCCCGAAUUCUACACAUCACUGUUUCAGGAGGUCGGAGAGACUAGCCUCAACCCUUAAACAUACACGCAGAGGUUCUUUUCCAUGAUGGAUGGGGAACUGCUGUUUUUUUGUUUUUGCCAAAUGGCCACCGUCUCUCAGCUGUCAAAAACUACAGUCAUUGCCCAUGACGGCUUCCUAGCUGAUCCAAACGCUGAUGCCAGAAUGGAUGCUUUUUCCGUUUUUCUCAUUACUGUAUUUCAUGUGCUUUUAUUUUUACAUCAUCCAAGACUGGAAAGGAGAAAGCAUUAGAUGCAAGAUGAGACAGUUUACUCUAAGAACACUAUCCAUAGUAAACACUAAUGUCAGUGUCAGCAGUGGAGUUUAGAUAGGUUGACUUUGGCUUUUCUCCUCCAGACAUGUGUACACACACACACACACAUACACACACCUGCGUGCCAGUCUGUGUUGAUGCAUAAUGUUAUUUUCUUUUCAAACUCAGGUGGUUUUACCAUUCUUCAUAUGCAUUGACAUGGUCAUGUAAUUCAGUGCACUCCAACAAGCUGACCUCAGCUUCAUGUUCCUCUUCCCAACCUCUCUCUCUCUCUCUCUCUCUCUCUCUCUCUCUCUCUCUCUCUCUCUCUCUCUCUCUCUCUCUCUCUCUCUCUCUCUCUCUCUCUCUCUCUUUCUCUCUUUCUUUCUCUCUUUCUCAAAUACCGUCAUCCGUGGACUUUGAUUUCACAGAAGUCCUUAUUAACGUUAAUACUCCAUUCAGAGAAUGUUUGGCUUUUUUCAUUUUAUGUAUUUAUGUAACGGUUGUGAAGAUGACUUUAAAGGUCCUCCAAAGUGGUUGAGAUUUUAAAGUCAUUGACAAACUACUGAGCACUCCAGUACUUGUAGAGAUCCCAGACGUUUGGCGCUUACUAUCAUCCUCCUUGAACUCUAGAUUUGUGCAUUUGAAACUGUGGUGGGAUUCGCUCGUCACCCUCACCAGCUAGUGUCUUUUAGUUCAGCUUGACUGUGAUCUAUCCAAACACAAUUUCAAUUCAAACAGUCAUAAGGGCUUUGAUCCUUUAUUUCCUCCUGAUUUUCAUCCUAUUUUAUAAGUUAUCUGGUAAAUGUAGGUGCCACUUAUUUUUCUUCUUUUGUAAUUUCUGCUGGAUGUCAGAAACACUGGUCUUUUUAGACGUUAUUUUCAUUUUU